GCUCCCCCCUUUCCCUCUGCUCCCCACUCCCGUGCGACCGCUGGUUGUGGUUGGUGUGGUGGCUGCUGCGCGCAUCAUCAGACGAGGAGGAGACGCUCGAGCCUCCCUCGCCCACCAACCACAUCACAGCGCGCGACGCACAGAUUUGAUUGAGAGAGAAUGGCGGCGCCGUCGUCCCUCGCCUCCUCCCACCUCUCCCGCCUCGCCGCCGCCGGCGCCCCGGCCCCGCAGCCCCACCACCAGAACCACCAGCUCCGCCUCGGCUGCUCCCGCCGCCGCGCGCAGCGCCUCGUCGCCAUGGCCGGAUCCGGAAAGUUCUUCGUCGGAGGCAACUGGAAGUGCAAUGGAACAAAGGAAUCCAUUAGCAAGCUUGUCUCUGAUUUGAAUGCUGCCACACUCGAAAGCGAUGUAGAUGUUGUGGUAGCACCGCCAUUCAUCUAUAUCGACCAGGUCAAGAGUUCACUAACUGACCGUAUUGAGGUGUCUGCUCAAAACACAUGGAUUGGAAAAGGAGGAGCUUUCACUGGAGAGAUCAGUGCGGAGCAGUUGGUGGACAUUGGCUGCCAAUGGGUUAUUCUUGGUCACUCUGAGCGCAGACAUGUUAUCGGUGAAGAUGAUCAGUUUAUUGGGAAGAAGGCUGCAUAUGCCUUGAGUCAAAAUCUUAAGGUUAUGGCAUGCAUAGGGGAACUGUUGGAAGAGAGGGAGGCUGGGAAAACUUUUGAUGUCUGUUUUAAGCAGAUGAAGGCUUUUGCAGAUAAUAUUACGGACUGGAAAAACGUUGUUAUUGCGUACGAGCCUGUGUGGGCUAUUGGAACCGGAAAGGUUGCUUCUCCUGAGCAAGCUCAAGAAGUUCAUGCCGCUGUUCGUGAUUGGUUAAAAACCAAUGUAUCAGCUGAUGUUGCUUCGACCGUUCGAAUUAUCUAUGGAGGUUCUGUAAACGCAGCAAAUUGUGCUGAGCUAGCAAAGAAGGAAGAUAUCGAUGGCUUCCUUGUUGGUGGUGCCUCUUUGAAGGGUCCUGACUUUGCCACCAUCUGCAACUCGGUGACUUCCAAGAAAGUUACAGCCUGAUGUAGACCACCACCUCCAUGGUACUCCCUCCGUUCCUAAAUAUAGGACUUUUUAGAGAUUUCACUAUAGACUAGAUACGGAGCAAAAUGAAUGAAUCUACAUCCUAAAAUAUGAACACAUGCAUCCGUGUGUAGUUCAUAGUGGAAUCUCUAAAAAGGUCUUAUAUUUAGGAAUGGUGGGAGUAGAAAAUAAGUGAUCAGAGAGAAGCAGCUUGGCUAGUGCGUCAGAAAGUGUGAGAUAGGUGCUCCGUGUGAACCGAAUCGUGUUGAGUUGUGGUCUGGCUGGUUGUGCCGAUCCGUACCACAGAGGAAUAAUGCGACAUGGCACCAUUUUCCUUCUCAUGGACCGUUUGUACGGGAGUUUGCUUGUUACAAGUGAGACAAAGAGUGAGCCGUCGUCACCUUCACGCCUGAAUUAAUGCGUGCUGAUGCCUGUGGAA